AUGGACGUGACGCCUGACCCGCGUCCCCUCACUCCUCCUCCCGUCCCCCUACCCCCUCCCACCCACCCUUCGCCCCCUUCCGCUAGCGCCUUCGACAAGGUGCUAGGCAAACUCGCGGCAGAGGGCCGCGAGGCCCUCCUCCUCACCCGCCGCCGCCGUCCUGAUAAAAUGCUGGUGGCCUCCUCCCCCCAGCCUGCCAACGCGGCCCGGGGCCCCCUUUCCUACGCCGAUGCCGCCUGUGGCGCCUUGAAGUCGGGCGGCACCGUUUUCAUAUUUAAUGUCAGUGGGCGGAGAGGAGGGGCGAAAUGGGCUGGGGGCGUGGGGCAGCAGGCGGCGUAA